UCGGAACGAAUAUCAGUUACGCAGGAACUGAAACGUAUCUCACUGGCGAGUCACGAUGACAAGGCCGGCGAAACCCGCAUGCUGUUGGACAUGCAAAAUUAGGCACGUCAAAUGUGAUGGGGCACCAACAGCCUGCAUCCAAUGCUCGAGUAGGGAGGUUCAGUGCCAUGGGUAUGGACCAAUACCAUCGUGGAUGGACGGAGGUCCAAACGAAAAGCAGGAGAAACAGCGCAUCAAGCUGGCUGUGAAGAAGAAUUUUAGACAGCAGAAAAGGCUUCAGGGACGCCGACUAAGAGGCGUCAAUCAAGAAACAAGGCAAGGGGAGAGCCUACCAAGCGUUGCUGAAGACGAAAUUCAAGUCACCAAUGUUUCUCUGAAUGCCAAUUCACGAUCGACGCCAUCACCAAUUUUGACUCCUCGAUCCUUGCAAACCCGGGUCCUCUCAGGACAGUCAUUUGCCGAGCCCCUUCACUACGAUGAAGCCAGUCUUCUGAUGCACUAUCUAGACCACGUAUUUCCAUACCAGUACCCAUUUUUUGACAGAGCAAAAUUGUCUCGAGGCUGGCUGCUAUGGCUCCUGAGCAAAAAUGGACCUCUCUAUCGUGCAUCAAUGGGUCUCGCAGCGUUGCAUCAGCGAUCAUUGCUAGGCGAGACAAACAACCACCAUAUCGAACUAGAGUUCCAUACCAAAGCGGUCAGACAGCUUCAGGAUUUUGUGUCGUCCAUUGAUAUCAAUGAGCUUCGGCCUGAAAACGAGACUCUGGUGGAGAUUAUCACUUGCGGCAUCGCUCUGAUUAGCUUUGAGGUCCUUCGAGGAAGUGCAACAAACUGGCAGCCGCAUCUAACCGCCAUGUCCUCAAUCGCCGUCAUGAUGCAUAAUCAGCCCCCGCUUCUGCAAUCAGUAAAUCAGCGUCCGACUCCUCUGUUCGAAGGCAAGGCUACUGCAGCUAUGGCAUUUCAUCUCCCCGUCCUACUCUGGAUGGAUUUAUUAGCCUGUAUAGCCACGCGGGGGACACCAAAGCUUCCAUAUGAUGAAUGGCUGGGACCCAACUGCACAUUUCAGCUUGCGCAUAUAAUGGGCUGUCACAACUCUGUGAUGAAGUUCAUAGGGGAUCUCGCAGUGUUGAGUCAGUGGAAAUCUGACUGUCUCGAGAAGGGCAGUUUUGAUCUGGAGGCUUUUAGAACAAAAAGACAACGGAUCGACGAUGAACUGGAGGCCGUUAUGGAUACGACUCCGAUGGCCUCAAGGGAAAUCCAAGGAGCAUCAUCUAAGAUGAUGCAAAACCAGGCAUUGGGUCGCCCGAGAUCUGAGCAGCGGCCUGAUCAGCAUUCUGUUACUCGCAUAUUCGCCGCCGCGGCGUUGGCUCAGCUCGCUGCUUUAACCGCUGAAGUAACAACUGAUAUCUCAUUGACUACGGUGAGAAGAAGCGUAAGCCGAGUGAUUCUAGAGAUCAAGAUGGCACCCCAAAUGGUGUCUCCCCGGCAGCUGAGCUGGCCCAUCUGCGUUGCUGGCUGCUUAGCAGAUCGAGACCAACAGCCAUUCUUUGAAGCGCUACUAAGCAGUGUAUUGUCUGAAGGAACUGGCAUGAUAGGAAACUGUGGGACUGUCCGGGGUAUUUUGCGGGCUUGUUGGAGGAAUAAAGCAGAGCAGCCGGAUCAACAGUGGGACUGUAGUAGCACUAUGAAGAAGCUGGGCGUCUAUGCCCUUCUUAUAUGA